UACUACAGCCAAGAAAAAAAAUCAUGUUAAAUUCUUAAUUAUGGAUAUUUAAGUUAUUGUUUUCAAAAUGUUCUAAAAAUCAAUAAGAGGCGAAAGUGAAUAAAAUAUGUGAUAUAUCCAUUUAUAUGAAUAAUUCUUUCCUGAAAUAUUACACAUGCAACGACCCAAAACACACGGCUAAGUGGACAAUGGAGUGGUUUGAGGUCAACAACUUCAAUAUGGUGCAGUGGCCUCCGCAAUCCCCCGAUCAAAUUUCCAUAGAAAAUUGGUGGAAUACAGUGAAGUACAAUAAGAGGAAUAUUCCCAAGUGGCAAAGACAUUUUCGAUUUCCAGCUGCCAAAACCUAGUUUGUUCUAUGCCGAAGCGAUAACGAUUGUUGCAUUAGAUGCAUUGAAUAUCUUAAAUUAUAACUGUUAACAUUAAAAGUGAAGUGCUUUCAAUUUUAUCGAAUAUAUAAAAUAACAUUCGAUUGACAUCAAAAAAUAUUUCCGUGCAUAACUUAAUACUGUCACCAAAUUUGGUGGACAUUCAGUUGUUGUCUUUUAUAACAUCAAAAUAUCUUUCGAAGAAGAUUGUAGGGCCGAUAGGCCCAUGGUGCAGAGAGGACAGUCUACAGAUGCUCCGCUGGUUGCAUCAGGCCGUGAAGCUAGGUUUGGUCUAGGCCAUUCUAGUUACCAAAGUGGAUAUAAUAAAUUAUUUACCCAGAGUUCCGCCGAUUCAAACUAUUCUCAACCUUCAUCCGAUCUGUCGCUUGACGAUGAAAAGGAAACGCUUCGACGAGAAAGAGAACGGCAUGCUCUAAGCCAGCUGGAAAAAGCGAGAGGUAAACCUGUAGCUUUUGCAGUCCGGACGAAUGUUGCAUAUGAUGCUACUGUUGAUGAUGAUUCCCCAGUUCAAGGAAGUGCCGUGUCGUUUGAAAUAAGAGAAUUUCUUCACAUCAAAGAAAAGUAUGACAACAAUUGGUGGAUUGGAAGGUUGGUUAAAGAAGGUUGUGAUGUUGGGUUCAUACCAAGUCCAGUUAAGUUGGAGCAUAUUCGUAUGCAGAAUCAGACGAGACCAUCCAGGUUAUACGGCACGAAAUUGUCGUCAACAAAUAACGUUGGAACGGCGGACACAAUGCGAGGCAGUACUCCACCUACACCAGGUGAUGAAUCGGAUUCCUUGGGUGCGAAUCGUCAAGGAAAAACUACAAUUACAAAUACAUUAAAUAAAGACAAACGAAAGCCAUUUUUCAAAAAGCAAGAAACUGCUUCUCCUUACGACGUAGUACCAUCAAUGCGACCAGUUGUUUUGGUUGGACCUAGCCUUAAGGGAUAUGAAGUGACAGAUAUGAUGCAAAAGGCUCUUUUUGAUUUUUUAAAGCACCGGUUUGAAGGCAGAAUAAUAAUUACACGUGUAAUGGCUGACAUAUCUUUAGCAAAGAGGUCCAUUAUGAACAACCCCACGAAACGUGCAAUCAUGGAACGUUCAAGCAGUCGGUCUGAUUGCCUCACCAAGGUUCAAGAAGAAAUUGAACGUAUAUUUGAACUUGCGAGAACACUACAAUUAGUCGUUCUUGACUGCGAUACAAUAAACCAUCCUUCACAACUUGCGAAAACCUCAUUGGCACCUACUAUUGUAUAUUUAAAAAUAAGCAGUAGUAAGGUUCUUCAAAGGUUGAUUAAAUCGAGGGGGAAAUCACAAGCCAAAAAUCUUUCAGUUCAAAUGGUUGCUGCUGAAAAACUAGCACAAUGCCCCUCAGAGAUGUUUGAUGUGAUACUUGAUGAAAAUCAACUUGAGGAUGCAUGCGAGCAUAUUGCUGAAUACCUCGAAACUUACUGGAGGGCCACGCAUCCGGAUAUAACUGUAAUACCGCCCAUACCAAAAUCAAUGACGGCGCAAAAUACAUCACCAAUGACAGAUCAAAAUAGAUUUAAUUCAACAUCAACAGAAAAUUCAACAUUUCAACGCAGCCAACGACAAUACUAUGACCAUCAAUUAGAGGACGAUUUUGUUGACCCGCAGAAUGAACAAAUCAGAUAUGCCAGACCGGAGCGUGAAGUGAAGCUAUUACAGCAUAAUGAAAGAGAUUAUUUACAUUACAGAAAAGAUAAAAUAAAUUUCUUAGAACCAGAGGAAUCCUCUUACAUUAUUGACCAUCAUGCUUCACCCAAAAUGCAUUCCUCUGCUAUAACGCGUCCACUUCGAGGACGUUUUUCAGAAUCGGAUGGUACUCUGUCAACAUUACCAAACGUAAUGAAUGACAAUGGCAUGAUAGACCACGAUGAGUUUGGCACUAACAGAGUUGUUACUAGUGGAAGAAGAGUCCUAAAUGCUAUAUAGGAAUCAUGGAUAUAAGGUUGAUGAUGAACCUAACAAAUUUUAACAAGUUUAAGUUUAUAAGUAAAAUAAUCUUAUUGCGCAUGUAUCACUAUAUUUUCAACGGUAAAAAAGUAUAAAUGAAAUAAAUAUAAAUCAUAUACCGAUAUUCGAUGAAAGCAAAAUGUAAUAUUAAAAUAAAAUAUACUCUGAGAAA